CACAUAUAAGCAAGCAAGGCGCACUAUAAUUAUUCUCCAUUCGUCAAUCUUAAGCUUUGGUUAAUGGAGUCAGUGCUUUAUUCUUCUUCAUUUCAAACCCCAGCUUUUUCCUCCCAAUCCACUUUCCACUCCAAUAAAUUUCUCUGUACCCCGACGACACCCGUACUCCCAUUGCCGCACAUAGCCAAGUCGAGGUUCGAGCCAUUGUCGUGCACCAUGAGCCAUUCAGCCGAAGCCGACACUAAGCCCAAGGAGAUCAAGCUCUGGGGUGGGAGAUUCGAAGAGAGUGUGACGGAUAUCGUCGAGAAGUUCACCGAGUCUAUCUCGUUCGACAAGCAAUUGUAUAAGCAUGAUAUUAUGGGAAGUAAAGCCCAUGCUUCUAUGCUUGCUCAACAGGGGUUGAUUAGUUUAAGUGACAAGGAUAGUAUUUUGAAAGGUCUGGAUGAAAUAGAGAGAAGCAUUGAAGCUGGUGAAUUUGUGUGGAGAACUGACAGGGAAGAUGUCCACAUGAACAUUGAAGCUGCAUUAACGGAUAUGGUUGGUGAGCCUGCGAAGAAGCUCCACACUGCUCGAAGCCGAAAUGACCAAGUUUCGACUGAUUUUCGUUUGUGGUGUCGUGAUGCCAUCGACUGGAUUGUUGCUAGCAUUAGAAAUCUCCAAGUUGCUUUGGUGAAAUUGGCUUUAAAGAAUGAAGGUCUCAUCAUUCCUGGAUAUACACAUUUACAGAGGGCACAACCUGUUUUGCUUCAACAUCUUCUUCUGGCUUUUGUGGAGCAGCUUGACCGCGAUGCUGGGCGUUUAUUGGAUUGUAAAGCUAGAUUGAAUUUCAGCCCUCUAGGUGCAUGUGCACUAGCUGGUACUGGCUUACCGAUUGAUAGAUUUAUGACUUCCAAUGCUUUGGGAUUCACUGCUCCCUUGAGGAACAGUAUUGAUGCGGUUUCAGAUCGGGAUUUUGUCCUAGAGUUUCUUUCUGCUAAUUCCAUCAUUGCUGUUCAUCUUUCUCGAAUUGGUGAAGAAUGGGUGUUGUGGGCUUCAGAGGAGUUUGGAUUCAUCACACCUAGUGAUUCUGUUUCCACCGGAAGUAGUAUAAUGCCUCAAAAGAAAAAUCCUGACCCAAUGGAACUUGUUCGAGGAAAGUCUGCUAGAGUGAUUGGAGAUUUGGUUACCCUUCUUACAUUGUGCAAAGGACUUCCUCUUGCUUAUAAUCGUGAUUUGCAGGAAGACAAGGAACCGGCAUUUGACAGCGUCAAGACCGUCAUAGGCAUGCUUGAAGUGUCGGCUGAGUUUGCUCAGAAUAUUACUUUCAAUGAUGAAAGAAUACGAAAGGCUUUACCUGCAGGCUAUCUUGAUGCCACAACACUUGCUGAUUAUUUAGUUAAAAAGGGGAUUCCUUUCAGAACUUCUCACGAUAUAGUCGGACGGUCGGUUGCGUUAUGCGUUUUCAAGAACUGCCAGCUUCAAGACUUGAGUCUAGAGGACAUGAGAAGCCUAAGUCCUGUAUUUGAUAAUGAUGUGUAUGAGUUUCUUGGGGUAGAAAAUGCAGUUAAUAAAUUCAGUUCAUAUGGUUCAACCGGUUUAGCAUGUGUCGCCGAUCAACUCGGCUACUGGGUCUCCAAGCUUGAAAUCAAUAAAUCAUGAACUCAUUGAUGGAUGUGCUGCAGGUGAGUUAUUUUGAGCUUUGACAAUAAUGAUCAUGGCGUUGGAUUUGGAUUCCAGGGAUGUGAUGUUUAUUGGCAUUAUAAAGAAAAAACAAAAUGAAAUUGCCAUUGGUGAGUAGAAUCUGU